UUUAUGACCCUAGUAGAGGAUAUUUGGUGAAUGAUACGGUAAUUGUAGAAGCUGAGGUGGCUGUUCGUAAGGUUCUGGAUUAUUGGUCAUAUGACUCAAAAAAGGAGACUGGUUAUGUGGACUUAAGAACCAAGGAGCAACUUGUUACAUGAACUCUCUCUUACAGACUCUCUACAUAUACUUACUUCAGAAAGGCUGUAUAACACAUGCCAACAACUGAAAAUGACGUGCCCACAGGAAGCAUUCCUUUGGCUUUGCAGAGUUUAUUCUACAAGCUUCAAUAUAAUGACACCAGUGUUGCUACAAAGGAAUUGACAAAAUCUUUUGGAUGGGACACAUAUGAUUCAUUCAUGCAACAUGAUGUACAAGAACUGAAUAGGGUCCUGUGUGAAAAACUUGAGGACAAAAUGAAGGGAACUGUUGUAGAGGGGACAAUACAGCAGUUAUUUGAGGGUCACCAUAUGAAUUACAUUGAAUGCAUAAAUGUGGACUACAAGUCUACAAGAAAGGAAUCAUAUUAUGAUCUCCAGCUUGAUGUCAAAGGCUGUCGGGAUGUCUAUGCUUCUUUUGACAAGUAUGUGGAAGUUGAACGUCUAGAGGGUGAUAAUAAAUACCAUGCUGAAGAACAUGGUUUGCAGGAUGCUAAGAAGGGUGUAUUGUUUAUUGACUUCCCUCCUGUGCUUCAACUUCAACUGAAGCGGUUUGAAUAUGAUUUUAUGCGGGAUGCUAUGGUGAAGAUAAAUGACCGCUAUGAGUUUCCUCUUCAACUUGAUCUUGAUAGAGAGAAUGGAAAGUAUCUAUCGCCUGAUGCAGAUAGGAGCGUUCGCAAUCUUUACACCCUCCAUAGUGUCUUGGUUCAUAGUGGAGGUGUUCAUGGUGGACAUUAUUAUGCUUUUAUCAGGCCAACUCUAUCUGAUCAAUGGUACAAAUUUGAUGAUGAACGGGUCACUAAAGAAGAUGUGAAGAGAGCUUUGGAAGAGCAGUACGGUGGUGAGGAAGAGUUGCCGCAGACCAAUCCUGGCUUCAAUAAUACUCCUUUUAAGUUCACAAAAUACUCAAAUGCAUACAUGCUUGUGUAUAUACGUGAAAGUGAUAAGGAUAAAAUAAUAUGUGAUGUCGAUGAAAAGGACAUUGCGGAACACUUGAGGAUAAGGUUAAAGAAAGAGCAGGAAGAAAAGGAGGACAAGAGAAGAUAUAAAGCACAGGCCCACCUUUAUACUAUCAUUAAGGUUGCACGGGAUGAGGACCUUGCAGAGCAGACUGGAAGGGAUAUAUAUUUUGACCUUGUGGAUCAUGAUAAAGUUCGUAGUUUCCGUAUCCAGAAGCAGACGCCAUUUACUGCUUUUAAGGAGGAAGUUGCCAAAGAAUUUGGUAUACCCGUACAAUUUCAGCGUUUUUGGAUUUGGGCAAAGCGGCAAAACCAUACAUAUCGUCCCAAUCGACCUUUGCUAGCCCAAGAGGAAUCACAAACUAUCUCCAGCUUGAUGUCAAAGGUGUCGGAUGUCUAUGCUUCUUUUGACAAGUAUGUGGAAGUUGACGCUAGAGGGUGA